CUCUCUCUCCUGUUUUAUAGCUGGUGGCGAACAGCGUGAUGGCGGCAGCGGUAAACGUAGCCGGGGUGUGGCUACAGCAGAUGAUGCAGGCGGCGCAGCGCAAGGCCUUCCUCGACACCCGUAACUGUAUCGCUGCCAGGCUCCAGAUGGAGGAUGAGAACGACAAGCUGGAACGUCUAUUGCUAUCUGUGUUGCCUCAACACGUGGCCAUGGAGAUGAAAGCGGACAUCAUCAAGCCAGUGGAGGGACAGUUUCACAAGAUCUACAUCCAGCGACAUGAAAACGUCAGCAUGGUGUUUGCAGACAUAGUGGGCUUCACAGUCCUUGCCUCCCAGUGCACUGCCCAGGAGCUCAUUCGUCUCCUCAACGAACUCUUUGGCCGCUUCGACCAACUGGCUGAUGACAACCACUGUUUGCGUAUCAAGAUCCUUGGCGACUGUUAUUACUGUGUGUCUGGCUUACCUGAAGCCAGGAGUGACCAUGCCAGAUGUGCAGUUGAAAUGGGUCUCGAUAUGAUUGACGCCAUAGCAUCAGUAGUUGAUGCAACAGAUGUACAGCUAAACAUGAGGGUGGGAAUCCACACAGGUCGUGUUUUGUGUGGAGUUUUGGGCCUUCGUAAAUGGCAGUAUGAUGUGUGGUCUAAUGAUGUCACUCUAGCCAACAUGAUGGAAGCUGGAGGGGAACCUGGGCGUGUGCAUAUAACGCAAGCAACUCUAGAUUGCCUGGCUGGCGAGUAUGAAGUGGAGCUCGCUGAUGGUCACUUACGUUCACAGUAUCUACGAGACCAUAAAGUAACUUCUUACUUCAUUAUCCCGCCGCCACGCAGACGCAAGCCGUUCCUCUUCAACACACUUCAGGUUUGGUCAGCCAUUGGAUCCUCGCACCGCAGAAAAUUGUCCUUCAAGAAUGUGAGCAACGUAGUGGUACAACUUCUGCACUCCAUAAAAUACUCCAUGGAGGUGCCCUUCUCCAACAUGGCAGUACCUCCACCAGACAAGAACACGUCCAUCACCAAAAAGAGGAAUAUAUUCUUUCACGAAUACUACGAAAUAGAGCGAACGUGCCCACAAUCAAGUUUGUUAUCAGACAAGUUCAAACGACCAUUCAAGAAGAGACACUCAUCACUUCCACAUGCACCAUCCAACCGCGUCAACAAGUACUUGGCCCAAGCUAUUGAAGCCAGAUCUGUAGACAGAGAAAAAUCAACUCAUGUUUCAUUAAUUACUCUCUGCUUCAGAGACAGAGAAAAAGAGAGAGAUUAUCAUGAGGAGGUAGAUGUGGGCUUCGGAAACUCUUUACUCUGUUCCCUGUUUUUAUUGCUGUUUGUGGCAUCAGUGCAGGCGCUGGUGUUGCCACGAACUUUGCUCUUCCUUUUCCUGUUUCUUGCAGCAUUUGUUACCAUAUCUGUUAUGCUCAUUGUUCUACUAGCAUCCAGGUUGAAAGUUACUACUUGGGACCCAUCAAGAAGAUUUGUGCUACGAUUAGUUUUGACAAUUGCAGCAAUCACAGUCAUAUAUAUCAUGGCUCAAGUUAACUCGUUUACAUGCGAGUUGCCACAAGUGCCAUGCAAAGCCAAUGUAACUGAUUUAACUUCAGGACGCUUGAGACCACAAGAAUUUGUUCGCAACCUAUGGUGCCCACUGCCUGAAUAUAUUCCACUGUCUUGUGUUGUUGGUUUCAUAGCAACAUCAGUGUUUCUUCGGUUGCCAGUGCUUGUCAAGGCACUUCUUCUUAUAUCUAUGGCAACAGUGUAUUCUUUAUUGAUCUUCAUCACCCACCUACCACUUUUCACCUGUUAUGACACACGUGUUGGGUAAAAUAUCAACUGGUUUGUUAAUUAAAUAGCAUAAUAAGACAUGUAUAGGAUUGCUGAGGUAGUCAUUAUAUGAUACUUAUUCUUGUUGCCUUUCAAAUUAUCUUUUAUGGGUUUUCUUUUUUGGUCAAAGUCAAACAACAAAUAUAAUUACUGGGGAGAGCCCUUGUGGUACCCUGAAGCUACUUUCACCGAUAGUGUACCAUAUAAUAGGUUGCAUCAGCCACGGAGUUCUAUAGGUAUAAUGGGGACCAGAGCCACAACCUGGUCACUACUUCAUUACAAGAAACAGUUGGAGCCAUGGGAAAGCUACUGAGGAUGAUAUUUAAAGCCAAAUUCUAUUGUUUGAUUUUAUCCUGAGUUGGCAAGGUUCUCAUUCACCCUACUGGUGGUGGCCCUGCUACCUUUUAAAUAUGAGUUAUGAGGUGGGGAUAUGAGAAAUAAGCUAGAUGUGGUUAAUUUUUUUUUUUUUUCAGACAUGUUCAUUUAGUAGUUGUCUAUUAUAGGUUGAAAUUAAAUAUUUUGCUAAGGAAAAUCAGCCCAUAGGGUAUGGGAAAUGCAUCCUGGAGGCAUUCUGGUUGCAAUGAAUCCCUCUUACUGUGAUACACACAUGAUUACCGUGUGCAAACUGAGGUAUACUGGCCAAGAUGUGGGUGCCCAUGAUUUGCUUUUAAAGAUGAUAGGUGGAAGCCUAAGACAGUGAAUUGGUGUCUUGUUUACCGCAUAUGAGUUUUAAAUCUUGUUCAAGACAUAAAAAGGACCCUGGUUGAACAGGCACGCCAUCAAUUAAAUGACCUUGGUUGAUAUACACAACUGAAGGGUUAAGGUUUGUUUCUCUGUCCCAAAGUAAUUUGAAUUUGUUACUGCUGAAGUUGGAUUCUUCACAUAUUUUUUUCUGGGGGGAGCCCCGUCGGCUCCCCGGAGUUAUCCAGGUUGAAUGAA